GUGAGUCCAAAGAAACACAAAUCGAGCACACCGAAGGGCUCCCCGGCCGUACAGAGAGGCGGGCUCUGCAACGCACCAAUCACCGAGCGGCUCCUCGCUAAAAAUACGAGCAGCUGACCCUCGCCAGCCCAAUUGCGUUGCCUGCUCCGCAGAGGACGCUGCUGCCGCCGCUGCGAUGUCCGAGACCGUUCCUGCCGCCGCCCCCGACGCGCCGGCUCCCGGUGCCAAGGCCUCCGCCAAGAAGCCGAAGAAAGCGGCGGGCGGUUCCAAAGCCCGGAAGCCUGCUGGUCCUAGCGUCACCGAACUGAUCACCAAGGCCGUGUCCGCCUCCAAGGAACGCAAGGGGCUCUCUCUCGCCGCGCUCAAGAAGGCGCUGGCUGCCGGCGGCUACGAUGUAGAGAAGAACAACAGUCGCAUUAAGCUGGGGCUGAAGAGCCUCGUCAACAAAGGUACCCUGGUGCAGACCAAGGGCACCGGUGCCUCCGGCUCUUUUCGUCUUAACAAGAAGCCGGGAGAGGUGAAAGAAAAGGCCCCCAGGAAGCGAGCGACCGCAGCCAAACCCAGAAAACCAGCGGCCAAGAAGCCUGCAAGCGCCGCUAAGAAGCCUAAAAAAGCUGCGGCGGUGAAGAAGAGCCCUAAGAAAGCUAAGAAGCCGGCGGCCGCUGCGGCCAAGAAGGCUGCCAAGAGCCCCAAGAAAGCAGCCAAGGCAGGUCGCCCUAAGAAGGCAGCGAAGAGCCCCGCCAAGGCUAAAUCGGUGAAGCCCAAAGCAGCUAAGCCCAAGGCAGCCAAGCCAAAAGCGGCCAAGGCGAAGAAGACAGCGCCCAAGAAAAAGUAAAUCAUACCAGAAGAGUCCUGCUCUACAUAUUUUGUAAUCCAACGGCUCUUUUAAGAGCCACCCACGCUUUCUCUAAAGGAGCUGGGGCACCGAGGCCGAGGGUAACUUGAAGCAAGGAUCCAGUAAUUUGUAAGUCCUCAGAGGUCAAUUUUGUCUUACUUCUCCCACCCCCGUUACGUUUGCCGAAAGAAAUGGUAACGAAUACGGUAUGACGCGGUGCUUUAGGGAAGUGUAGUUUUAAAUCUGUUUUUCUCGAGUAAUUGGUUUGACUACAAGGAAGCAAUAUUUUAUAAUUAUUUGAUAAAAAUCUGAUGUAUGGGAUUUGUUGGGUGGGGUUUUUUUUAAGGUUAUAUUUUGUAACAAAAGCGAUAGUAAUGGCAGGCAAGCUACUACUGAGCCAUGUCUAAUCUAUUGUAUUAUUUCUCUUAAAUGAUUUUGCCUGUUUGGUGGAGGAGGGGAGAGUUUUUAAUUCGGAGACCCGAAAAUAGCCCUGAGCGCUCCAUUUCCUUUUGUUCCCCCUUGAGAAAGGGCUUAAAGUAUUGAAAAAGCCCGCCCAGACCAAGGAUUGGCCAGCGGGGCGCCCUGCCCACUGCCCCUUCCUCCGCCCUUUCCCCCUCCCUUCCCGAAGAUUAUGCCUCGUCCCUCUCGUGCUGUUCCAGCCCCUCUCGGAGAAGAAAAACGCGGAAGAGGGGAGAAGGGACGGGAGCUCUGGCCAAAAUGAUCUUCCUAUGCUCUCUGGCGUAAGAACCACACGAGAUACCCCACACCAGAAAGAACUUGCUUUGGGAGGAAGUUUUGGCACUUUGUGUUAAUGAAAACGUGGAAAUCGUUGCUUUUACCACCAAGCCAAAAACACUGUCAAUAAACAUAGAGAAUGUAAGACAAAA